AUGCAUAUUGCAUUAAAGAAAGGUACCUUUAAUGAUCUUGAUCAUCAUCAAGUUGCAGCUCUGGCAAGUUGCUUCAUUCCAGGAGACAAAACAGGGGACCAAAUAGAGUUAAAAGCAGAACUUGCUAAACCACUACAACAGCUUCAAGACAGUGCUAGAAGAAUAGCAGAGCUCAGGUUUGGCAAUGUUGAGGAUCGGUUAGGAUUAACCUUGUGUAGAAAGCUCCAUUCCAUAGGUUGGGCUAUCUCACAGUUUGCUGUAACCCAAAAUAAUGUUGAUUCAGUUGCUGAGGAAGUCGAGAGACAAAAGUCAAGAAAUGACAUGGUGUUCAUAUAUGGAGGAGUUGGUCCAUUGCAUUCAGAUGUCACUGUAGCUGGAGUUGCAAAAGUAUUUGGUGAUCGCACGGCAAAAUGGUGCUUGACAAUGUUUUGCAACCCUUGUAAAGAGCACCAGUGA